AAUUAGAAAUCGAAUCGAAAAAAUCGCCUAACAACCGAAGAUUCUCAGUGUGCACGAGAAAAUGGCGAAAUCAAUGGCGACGCUAGAUUCUGGCACCACAUGUUCCUCCUGGAAUCACUCCGGCCACCGAUUAGCCACCGGAUCCCUCGACGGAAGCUUCUCCGUAUGCCACUCCUCUACUCCGUCUUCUUCUUCUACUUUCACUUGCACUUCCAAAGUUAGGGUUAGUGAAUCGAGUAUCGUAAAGAUCGUUUGGUUGCCUUCAGAGUACGGCGAUGCAGUAGCCUGCAUUUGCGAAGAUGGGAGCUUAUCAACUUGGGAGGAGCUCUCUGAAGACUCACAUGCUCUUGAGUGGAAAUUGUGUAAGAGUAUAAAGAACAAGUCUAGCCAAGUGCUCGAUGUUCAAUUUGGAGUUUCCAGAAAGAGUCUAAAGAUGGUUGCAGCAUAUUCUGAUGGGUACCUUAGGGUUUUUGAGCUGUUGAAUCCUUUGGAACUAAAGAAUUGGCAACUUCAGGCCGAGUUUCAGAAUGUGAUCGAUUCUCUAUCGACGCUCGGUAAACCUUCAAGCUUAUCUGCAUCUGUUUCUUGGAAUCCGAUGAAAGGCGAAGAGCAAGAACCAAGCUUUGUUUUAGCCUUCAACUCUGACUCUCCACAUCUUAACUCUUCCAAGAUAUGGGAGUUUGAUGAAGCUCAUAACAGAUGGUUGGCAGUAGCAGAAUUAGCCUUACCAGAAGACAAAGGUGAUCCAGUUUAUGCUUUGUCAUGGGCUCCAAAUAUUGGCCGACCAUACGAGGUUGUUGCUGUUGCAACUCAUAAAGGCAUAGGAAUAUGGGAUGUUGGUCUAGCUCCUGAUCUUGAAGGAAGGCUUCCAGUAAAGAAGGUCUCCUCACUUUCUGGCCAUCAAGGCGAGGUUUGGCAGAUGGAAUGGGACAUGAGUGGCAUGACUUUAGCUAGCACUGGAAGUGAUGGACUGGUCAAAUUGUGGCAGUCAAACUUAAACGAGGGCACAAGGUUUAAGUCUAGUAUUGGAGAAGCGCUGAGGAAGGUUGAGGGGAAGUUGAGGAGUGUCAAGGCUGUUUCGGAAGCGAGGAGAGACAUGAUUCUGAUAAAUUCUAACUCUCCGACGCUAAUCUCAGCCGUUAGAUUUGUGGGCUCAUCUCCGUUCACCACUCGGGGGCUUUCUCAGUCUACUGUCUCAAUCUCUAGAAACAAAAGCUUCUUCUUGCACUUCACCGAUACGAAGGAGAAGAAAUCAAGAAGAGAUGAUUUGAGAGUAUCAAUCGUGUGUGACGCAGGAGGGAUGUUUCCGGUGGAUCCAUGGGCUCCAACCAUUGAUUCACAGAGCAUAGCAUCACAACUCUUCGCUGUAUCUCUGUUUCCAUACAUUGGCUUUCUCUAUUUCCUCACUAAAUCCAAAUCAGCUCCAAAACUCACACUUUUCGGUUUCUACUUCUUGCUUGCCUUCGUUGGAGCUACAAUUCCUGCUGGGAUUUAUGCUAAGGUGCAUUAUGGAACAUCGUUGUCGAAUGUUGAUUGGUUACAUGGAGGAGCUGAAUCACUUCUUGCUCUUACCAAUCUGUUUAUCGUGUUGGGUCUUAGACAAGCUUUGAGGAAAUCUGAAGAUGAUGAUGAUAAACUUGGUAAUGAUGAAGAAGCUUCAACAACUCAAGAACAAGAGAAAUCUUCAGUCUAGUAAAACAAAUGUAAAUAUGUAGUUUUCGAAGUCACUUCCUCUUUAAUCAGCUUGUAUAUUAUACAACUCAAUGGGCAUCUAAUUCCGAUUUUAAACGCGUGAGUUCAACGCUAGUUUUAGAUAUUUGGUUCUUAUUUGGUUUUUUAUCUUAAUAUGCUAAAGUAACAUUUUGUGGAGGUAUAAAUCCGAUUGAGAAUG